AUGGCACAGACAACAUCUGUUGGCGCCAGCCACAUGCAGUCCCCGUCAAAGCUGACAGGCAGGGCCUUCUACGAAAGUAUCGGCAGUCCUAAAUACAUCUUGGCUCCCAUGGUCGAUCGAUCAGAAUUCGCUUGGAGACUCCUCACUCGAUCCUACCUCGAUGAAGAGAGAUCAAAAUCCUUCCUAGCAUACUCACCUAUGCUACAUGCGAGAUUAUUUCGGGAAACUGCCAAAUUCCGCGACGAACACUUUAAGCCCACCAGAAAUAGUUUGGUCUCGAAAGAAAGAUCCUCGUCCUCGCCAUGGCUGGACGGCAACCCUAGAUUGGAUCGACCAUUGUUCGUGCAGUUUUGCGCAAACAAGCCCGAGGAUCUCCUAGAUGCAGCACAAUAUGUGGCCCCUUAUUGUGAUGCGGUCGAUUUGAAUCUGGGAUGUCCUCAGGGCAUCGCUAGAAAUGGUCACUACGGGGCGUUCCUGCAAGAAGAUUGGGACACCAUUUACAACAUGAUAAACAGGUUACAUAACGAAUUGGCAGUCCCCGUGACGGCCAAAAUGAGAAUACUGGACACCAAAGAGAAGACGCUGGAAUACGCCAAGAUGAUCCUCUCCGCAGGCGCCAGCAUCUUGACAGUGCACGGGAGACGGAGAGAACAAAAGGGGCACAAUACCGGCAUUGCGGACUGGCAAAUGAUUCGAUACCUUCGGGAACAGCUACCACCCGAAACGGUGAUUUUUGCGAACGGGAACAUCCUGAAUUCCAGCGACCUAGAAUCAUGUUUAGCUGCAACCGGGGCCGAUGGGGUCAUGAGUGCAGAGGGUAACAUGUGCGAUCCAACAAUCUUUGCCAACUUGCCAAAAGAGCACAACCCCCGAGAGUACUGGUACGGACCAGAUGGGAAAGGAGGAUAUCGCAUGGAUGCCGUCGUCCGAAGAUACCUCGACAUCAUACACCGAUAUGUUCUUGACACAGAACCGCCCAUGCGCAAGCCUCUUUAUGUCCCAGGUGACCCUGAAGACACGCCUCAAACAGAAGAAAUCUCCAAUGAUGACGUUCGGCCGACGAAAAGGCUAAAACGCCCUCCCAAGCAAAAGUACGAUCCGAAUAUCAGGCCAAUCCAAGGGCAUCUUUUCCAGCUCCUCCGGCCUCUGGUAUCCAGACACACUAACAUUCGAGACGUGUUGGCAACCACGCCUUGUGGGGACAUUGAGGGCUUCGAAAGAGUUCUUGCCAUGGUAGAAGCGGCCGUCAAGAAAGGUCUCGAUGAGCACGCCGCCUUGUCAGAGGUGGACUCCGAGCUUACGAAUGAAGCUGGCACAGAGGAGAUUGGUGAACACGACUUGACGCCUAAGCAAAAAACUACAAUGAAAUACCAAAGGCCUUGGUGGGUGUGUCAGCCCUAUAUUCGACCGUUGCCCGACGAGGCUGUGAAAGUUGGUGCGAUGCAACCGAGCAAGAAGGGUUCUUCCGAGAUGGGCCUCAAGGAGGCAGCUCGUAACCAAGACGAUACGACCAGGAAGACAGAUGUCUUUGGGGUGCAAGAUCAAUCCUUGCAUCACCACGCUUCAAAAGAAGGGCUCCCAAAGCCUACUCUAGUAUUCGGCUGA